UUUCUGUUUGUGAUAACAGAGGAGCAUCGUGGCAGACAGCCAGGAAGGUGCUAGGUGGCGUAGGUUCUUUUCAACAUACACAGAGAAGCCCAGGAUGGCGACCAGGUGCUCGAGGAUUCUUCUUUCGUUUCUCACCUCAGUGUGUCUUGUGGCAGCAUUCGAGAUACAAGAAGACUGUCUGGUGCGAAAUACAAUAGAGGUGACACAGAUAAUAUUCGACACACUGGAGUUCCUGAGCCUGGCUCGUCCAGAAGAACAUAGCUUGACAGCAACCAUCUUCUGUGAAGAUAUAAGCCAAUUUGACUACCUCAACGUAACCUCCAGCAGUGUGUCACUGCGUAGACUACCGCAUGAUGAGAACCUCAACUCACCUACGUAUUCUACCCCUAACACAAUCAUCGGUUGGACCAGGUUCCGUUUAGGAUUUAUGAACAACCUCUCUCUAUAUGACAGCAACAAUGUGAGCUGGUUACCGGGCCCCACGCCUCUAGACUGUAUCAUAUCAAAAUUAAAAAUCCAGAAUGGUAACUUCACCCGACAGUGUGCAUCCAAUACUCCAGCUUGGCUAAUGAACGGCAGUCAAGCUGUUGAUGUUCUCGUGGACGCUGACAUAGUUUCUCUGACUUCAGGUGCAAAGGAGAAGCGUAUAGACUUGACUUUGUUUUCCACGAAGAAGUACAAGCCAUUCUUCAACGUGUGUGGGGUAGAGUUCCAGCUGGGAGUGCGUGAGGGGUCGCUGGUGAUGGUGUCCGGGCUCACGGCUGACCCACUACCACCUGGUCACCACCGUCUUGCACUCAUCUUUCUCUCCCUCGACCAGCAGACAACGUUCAAGAUCGAGAGUGAAGGGGAGCAGCUGUUGGAGACUAAGCUGGCCUCUUACCCCAGCAAAGUGAGGAUAUGGGGGCGAAAGAAUGACAUCUUCCUGCUGGUGCAACACCUUCACACCAUCCCAGGCAAGUAUAUCUAG